ACUGGGGCUACACUUCCCAGCUCAGUUCCACUGUGAGACGGCACAUCUGAGGGGAUCAGGAGAGCAAACAUGGUCACCAGAACUCUGUUUCUGUGCGCACUGUUCGCCGUCUCCUCCGCAGCACCACUACAAGAUGCAGCAGUAGAAGAUGGAGAUGCUAGCCCUGCUGUUCCAGACCGAUGUGCAGGUCUGGAGUUCGAUGCCAUCACUCCUAACGAAAAAGGAAAUACUCUCUUCUUCAAAGGUAACUACGUGUGGACCGGCUUCACCGGUCCAGCUCAGCUCUCCACUCUGUACUUCAGGGAGCUGAACGGUCCUGUCGAUGCCGCUUUCCGCAUGCACAACCCUGAAAACGCGGGCGAUCACGAUCACAUCUACCUUUUCAAGGACGAUAAGGUGUACAGUUACUUCAACCAAAACCUGGAGGAAGGGUAUCCAAAACUAAUCCAAGAAGAUUUUCCGGCCAUUCCCACUCACCUCGAUGCUGCGGUGGAGUGUCCCAAAGGAGAGUGCAUGACUGACUCGGUUUUGUUUUUUAAAGGACAGGAUGUGCACGUUUAUGACAUCGCCACAAAAACCAUGAAGACCAAGACAUGGUCCCACCUGCCCGCCUGCACCUCUGUUUUCCGCUGGCUGGAACACUACUACUGUUUCCACGGACAAAACUUCACCCGCUUCCACCCGGUCUCAGGAGAGGUGGUCGGCGCCUACCCUAAGGACGCCCGACAUUACUUCAUGAACUGCCCCAACUUUGGUCACGGAGGUGAUCGUAAACCACUUAAGUGCCGCGACGUCAAGCUGGACGCGGUCACCACAGAUGAUGGAGGCAGGACGUAUUUCUUUGCAGGUCCAAUCUACAUGCGCGUGGACACCCACCGCGAUGGGUUUCAUGCCUUCCCAAUAACCAGGGCGUGGCAGGGAGUGAAUGACGGAGUCGACGCCGUUUUCUCCUACGACAGCAAAAUCUACUUGAUUAAGGGCGAUCAGGUCUACAUCUACAAAGCACAUGCUCACUUCACCUUGAUCGAAGGCUACCCUAAAACCGUCAAGGAGGAGCUGGGCAUUGAGGGACCCGUGGAUGCUGCUUUUGUGUGCCCGAACGAAAACACAGCUCACAUAAUUCAAGGGAACAGGAUGCGGGACGUCGUCCUCACUGCCACACCCAGGGUUGUUGCCCGAGAAAUGCCAUUGCCGCUGUCCGACAUUGACGCCGGUCUGUGCGGCGAACAGGGAAUUAAAAUAUUCAAGGGCUCGCAGUUUUAUCACUACGACAGCCCCAUGAUACUGGCGAUGGGCCGGAUUGCCCCUGUGCCCGAGGACAUCACCCCUGCAAUGAUGGGAUGCGAGGAAUAGGCAAGAAAUAUCCCUGAAAAAGGGGGAUAUGAAGUAAAUGAAAAAAAAAAUUAUCCCCAACGCAAAAAUGAAGGCCAGAAGAAAACUGAAACGAUCUCGUGUUGAGUGGAGCAAAGAGUGGAAAAGCAUGGCUAUAUGAUUUGGAACGUGAGAGACAAGCCUUGUUUCAGGAAAUCAUGUUUGUCUUUUAAAAAUAAAAAAAGAGAACUGCCAGUC